UCACAACAUAGUCACUCUAAUAGGAUUUUGUGUUGAAGGUUUUGAGAGGAUACUUGUCACCGAGAAAUUUUCUAAUGGAUCACUUGGUGAUUAUUUGGGUAACGCAAAAAAAAAUGCAUAAUUUGACUUGGGAAAAACGUUUGAAAAUCUGCAUUGACGGUGCGCACGCACUGAAUUACCUUCAUUAUGAGAUGGAUGAUAAAAAAAUGAUGAUACAUAGUGAUAUAGAUCCUUUUAGAUUUGGAUUGUAUGAGAAUUGGAGGGCAAAGAUCGAAGACUUUGAGUUGGCAGUAUUCCUGCCUCCAAAUCAAAAAGACGAAGCUCUAUGUAAAAGAACAUAUUUUAAGUCAACAUGGCACGUGGAUCCAGAAUAUGCGAAGACUGGUAAGCUAAAAAGAGAGUCGGAUGUAUAUAGCUUUGGAGUAGUUAUGUUUGAAAUUCUAUGCAGAAGAAAAGCUCAGGACCAAAUUUACCUUAAGCAGAGUGAGAAAGGGCUGGUUCAUGUUGCAAGACAAAACUUCUCCAAUGGGACAAUAGAGGACAUCAUAGAUCCUAUACUAAAGGAAGAAACCAGUAAACGGAGUCAUAGGCCAAUUGGAGGAGCCAAUAAGGAUUCUUUGUACACAUUUUUAAAAGUUGCAAACCAGUGUGUGGCGGAGAGUCAAGACCAACGUCCAACAUUGAAAGUUGUUCUUAAUGAACUUGAGCAAGCAUUGGUCUUUCAAGUAAGUCAGGAGGAGCAAGUACAUGAGCCAAAUAAGGACCAAAUUGUCGACGAACUUCAGAUAACAACUUUUCAAAUUCCUGUAAGACCUUCCUUUUUUUUGAAAGACGAAGACGAUGAAGACAUAGAAGAAAUUGAAGAAAUGAGUGAAGCCAUGAUAAUUUUUAGCGAGAGAUGA